GGAGGCGUGGUCUGUUGGGGAAGACGCGCCAUUUUACCAGCAUAGUGCAGUGGCUGCUUGUUGCAGCCUUUGUGGACUCGGAACUAGAACUUCCACCGUACUGAAGUCAUGAAAACCUAUAGACAGAGGGAGAAGCAGGGAAACAAGACACAAGAAAGCACCAAGGCUCCGGAUGAAGCAAAGAUCAAGGCAUUACUGGAAAGAACUGGAUACAGUUUGGAUGUCACAACAGGACAAAGAAAAUAUGGUGGACCACCUCCAGAAUCUGUUUCUUCAUGUGCUCAACCAGGCAUCGGUACAGAGGUGUUUGUUGGAAAGAUACCAAGAGACUUGUAUGAGGAUGAGCUAGUCCCUCUGUUUGAGAAAGCAGGCCCUAUCUGGGAUCUUCGUCUUAUGAUGGAUCCUCUCUCUGGGCAAAACCGAGGUUAUGCUUUCAUCACUUUCUGCAAUAAGGACGCAGCACAGGAGGCUGUCAAGUUGUGUGACAACUAUGAAAUACGUCCUGGGAAACACAUUGGAGUUUGCAUCUCGGUUGCAAAUAAUAGGCUCUUUGUUGGAUCCAUCCCAAAAAAUAAAACUAAAGAGAAUAUUCUGGAAGAAUUUAGUAAAGUCACAGAGGGCCUGGUGGAUGUGAUUCUGUACCAUCAACCUGAUGAUAAGAAGAAGAACCGUGGAUUUUGUUUCUUGGAGUACGAGGACCACAAAACUGCAGCACAAGCCAGGCGGAGAUUAAUGAGUGGCAAAGUGAAGGUUUGGGGCAAUGUUGUAACUGUAGAGUGGGCAGAUCCAGUGGAGGAGCCGGACCCUGAAAUAAUGGCGAAGGUUAAAGUGCUUUUUGUAAGGAACUUGUCAUCCACAGUAACAGAGGAAAUUCUAGAUAAGGCUUUUUCAGUGUUUGGAAAGUUGGAGCGGGUGAAGAAACUGAAGGACUAUGCCUUUGUGCACUUUGAAGAGAGAGACUCUGCAGUUAGGGCAAUGGAUGAAAUGAAUGGAACAGACCUUGAGGGUGAAGAAAUUGAAAUAGUACUAGCAAAACCCCCAGAUAAGAAGAGGAAAGAGCGCCAGGCUGCACGGCAGGCAUCCCGUGGUACUUUGUAUGAUGAUUAUUACUAUUAUCCCCCUCCUCGAAUGCCAUCUCUAGGCAGAGGCAGGGGCCGUGGAGGCAGAGGUGGCUAUUCAUAUCCGCAAGAUUAUUAUGGCUAUGAAGAUUACUAUGAUGAUUAUUACUCCUAUGAUUAUCAUGACUACCGUGGUGGCUACGAUGAUCCAUACUAUGGUUAUGAUGAUGCAUACCCUGUGCGUGGGCGAGGAGGAAGAGGUGGUAGAGGUGGGCCUCCACCUCCUAGAGGCAGAUCAGCUCCUCCUCAGCGUGGAGGGCGCUCCAGUUAUGUACAAAGAGGUUCCCCCAUGGGCCCUCCUAGAGGAUCCAGAGGUGGACGAGGUGGGCCUUCGCAGCAGUCCCGAGGUCGCAACUCUCGUAACCGUGGAAGUAGAGGUGGGAAUGUUGGUGGAAAAAGAAAGGCAGAUGGGUACAGCCAGCCAGACUCCAAGCGUCGCCAGACCAACAAUCAGCAGAAUUGGGGAACCCAGCCCAUAGCGCAACAGCCAUUACAGCAAGGUGGUGAUUAUACUGGUAACUAUGGUUACAGUAAUGACAACCAAGAGUUUUAUCAGGAUUCUUAUGGUCAGCAGUGGAAAUAGGAAAGGCAACACUUAGAAUGUUUGUUUGAUUUUUCAAACAACUAAAUUUCCGUACACUCACACACAGGCUUCAUCAGUUUCCUGUAAUUCUUGUACUUGUUUCUUUGCUAUAUUGUAAAUAGCUUUCAUAUUAUUUUUUCAUUAACAUUGGUGCACUCCAAUUAUGCUCUGGUACAGUCAUGGAAAUAUAAAUUGGGGUUCACUUAGCAUUUAAGCUGUGGUGAGAACCAAGCUUGAAGGGAACUCUGUAAUACAAUACUAUUGUUCCAAUGGUUCCUUUUUGUUCCAGAUGUUACCAUUUUGGUUUGUUUCUUGAUUCUAGAUUGUGAUUCUAUGGUUUCUCCACCCUUGGCAGUUAAUUUGAUUUAUGUUUUAGUUGCCCGUAACAUAGCAGAUACUGUUGUUUUUAUUGUAUUGAUUUUUUUUUUUUUAUAUAUAUAUAUUAGCGUAUAAGGUGAAGAAGAUUUUAGGUUAGGACAAAGUAAUUUGUGCAGAAAUGCAGGAUUACUGGCAAUAUUUCCUUUACCUUUUAAUGUAUCUGCAGUAGCAUUCUUUUGUACAUAAAUGUAAACAGUAUUUGAAGUCUUUAGUAAUUUUAAGUAGUCUUUAUAAUUAAACAUUUUAGGAUUUUGUGUAUUUGCUGUUAUGACUUUCUAGGCUUAGUUAAUUUGUAUUUUUAUUGUUAUAAUUUCACAUUUUUUGGAAGGGAAAAAGAUGCCCUACCAAAUUGUUUCGCUUUGGCUCAUGAAGCCUCUGCAACAUGUUCUGUGAUUUGUAUUUCCCGUUUACUUGUUCAUGUGCAAUUUCAAUAAAACUCUUCACAAAAAAAAAAAAAAUUAUAAUUAAAGCAAAAUUCAACUGCAAACAACCUCAUCCUUUUCCAAACUUGGUUGUAUCCUAUUAAAAAGAGCAAAAGAAAAAAAAAAAUCUGAGUUGUGAUUCUUGAAACAAACACAAUUUAAGAUGGACUGCAUAUGUGAGUGAUCAAAUCUGUUUCAAAAAAGAAACAAAAAAAAUUGACAAAAUAGAUACGCAACAGCUGAAUGUGGAUACUCAAGGACAUGAAAUUGAUCUUGUGCUCCGAUGUGGUGUUGUCUCAUAGCAUACCCAUGUUGCUCAUAUGACUAGGGUUUAUUUUUUUAUUUUUUUUGAGGUACAGAAGAGGUGGCUGGCUUAAACUCCCAUUUUCACUUUUCUUUAGUUACUGCAUUUUAUUUGAACAUGGAUUUACUUUGACGAGUUCUUAUACUUUAAAUUUCAGAGAGCAACAUGUAUAAAAACGGAUGAGAAAUUGUACAAGCUGAAGCUUGCCCUGCACUGCAUUUUGACUUGAAAACAAGGUUCAUGUUAAAACAUCUUAUAUGUUUAGCUGUCCUCCAGAAGGCACAAAUUAGAGGUAUUCACCCUGUGAGUCAAUGUCCAACACAUUAAAAAGCUUUGAAACAUGACCUCAGCCAAAUAACCAAAGAUUCCUCAAAAGAGAAGGGAAACUCAUCUAAUGACCAAAGACAUCUUCUGACAUGCCACUGAGACAUGUUAGGAGAUGUCAUUGGUUUGGUUGUGCUGAGCCCCCAAUAACCGGUAAAAUGAAGUAAGGCCAGAUGUACUCUUUGGGUUAUGUUUUUUUUUUUUUUUUUUAAUUUAAACAAUGCUCAUGAUUACCAUGAGACACUUGACACAAUUUGGACGUCGAAAGAUCUCCAAGUUGAAGUGGAAAGGACACUUUACUCCUUCCAAUAGUAUAUUUUGAUGUGUCUAAAUGAUAUGUCUGAAAAUGACCCUUCGCUAUAAGAUGUUUCCGGAGAGUGUAUCCAAAAUGUAAAUGUAUAUUGAAGUUACAUAACACACAAUUCAGUGCAUUCAAAGUGUCAAAGAAUAAAAUGUGGCAAAGAAAAUAUAGUGGCCUUAGAGAAUAGUAGCUUUCUUGCCCACAGCAACCGAUACGAGUCCAUGUUACAUUUUACAGUACAGUUUAGAAAAUGAAACUGAACUUUAUCUACAGGCAACAAUACCAGUUCCCCAUGAUUUAAUUUUCAGCUAUUAGACCCAGUGUAUUGUACUAAAAUUCAGUUUACUCAUUUUAAGGUGCUGCCACAAAUUUGGAUUUCAUUAUAUGUGGGCUUUUAGGGUUCCCAGAACAGGUCAUGGAACAAGUUGUCUCCUUACAGGAAAGGAAAUGGCUUACUGUGAUAAGAUUAAUUGUAUAUAUGUCGCUAAGCCCCUAAAUCUAUUAACAUAUAUUUUGGAAAAUGAAAUAGGACUGAUAUGCUAGACCUCCAAAUAUGUUAAAUUAGUUUUGCUCCAAUUGAUAUCCGUUAAAUGUUCAUUUUCACAUGAAAAAUCUAUCAAAACCAUUCAGAUUUGAAUUCUUCAAUCAUACUCUGUUCAAUAGAUGAGGGUUAUAUCAACAUUUUCAUUGGAGAUUCCCAUUCCUCUCCUCUUUAUCACCAGGUGCUCCUUAUUGGAUGUCCUCAAGAUGGUGGGUUUUUCACUCACAGCAUUUAAAGGGAAUCUAUCACCUCAUGCAAGCCCUAUAAACUACAGUAAUACAUGUAUUAAUCACCUGUCUGCAAAUCGAAUGCAUUGAGAGGACUCAUUUCUGUGUACACAUAGUAGAAAGGACUGCAGAAGUCUCGGUGCAUUCCAUGGCAGAUUUGUAGGUGCACAAAGGGGAACGGUGGUGUGUAUUGACCUACAAAUUACUUAUCUAAGAUUCGUAACAGGUGAUCUAUUCAUUUAUUACUGUAGUUUAUAGGACUUGCAAGAGUCGGCAGAAUCCCUUUAAGUUAGUGCUCCUGACCUUAGUAAGCUGAAAUGCAUGUUACUAGUCCUCGAAGCAAAGUCAUCCACAAUGAAUAUUAGUGCUAAUAAUGAAUUAAACGAAUAAUGGAUUAAAUCCUCACUUUUUUUACCAUUUCUUUAAAAAUUAUUAGUUGCCUCUGUUUUAAAAAAAUAAAAUUUUUUAAAAAAGUAGAGGCCGAUCAUGGACACAAGUUAAAAUAAAUUGUAUCUAGUUAUAUUUUCUCUAAUGUGAAUUGUUUUAAUUGACAUCUUAUGAAAAUUCUGAUAUUUUCAAAUACGGGGAAAAUCUUGAGAAAUUAUUGACUUAUUUUUUGUCUUGUUAAAAUUAGACAGUGGAUGGUUGUACCUUACUAAGUUUUUAACUUGGUCUGCGUAUCUUCAAGAAAACCAGCAGUAUUAUAUAGACCAGAUUUCAAAUUGUAUUUGAUCACUCAUUUAAAGCAGUCACAAUAAAACCAACUUUGUCUUCUUUUAUUCUGUAUGGAAACCAAAUUCGUAUUGUAAACAGGUCUGAGCAGAGGACACAAAGUCAGCUUACAGAUCUCAAAACUAUACUGAGCGUGGAUUCUUAUUUCAAGAUCUACAUCACGAAUCUUCCUUCUAAAUUUUGUGAGAUUGUGCAAUUUCCUUUUGCAAAUAAAGUGAUUUUAUUCAUGAAGCUGAAUUAAAUGAUAUUUAUCCUUUUGAAAUUGUUCUAAAAGCAAAUCAAUUGACCUGCAAUCUACUUCUUUCUUAAUUCUGAAGUGGACUUAAGGCCUCCAACAAAAAUCAAUGUCUUUAUUGUAUUUGAAUGAGAUUUUCAGGGGCAAAUGAAAAUAUUGCAAAUGUGACUUGUAUGAAUUAUCCCUUCACAGAGAAUUGCAAAAAAUGUGAAAAACCUUUUCCCUUCCUGAUAUUUUGUGCAUUAUUUUAGGGCAUAUAUCAGCUGUCGGUGUAGCCCUGAACUGGAAUGAACAGUUUCCAGGCAGAGCAGCUCACUUGCAUAUUGUGACACUGAUCUGUAUGCCACUAGAAUAUCACUUUAUUUCUUAGUCUAGUUUCGUUAUUUUCUAGCUUGUGAUGUUUUGUGUAUGUACAUAUAUUUAUGGUCAUGUUUAAUUAUAUUGUUCUAGCAUUGUAGCCAUAGGAAACAUGUAAAUACAAAAUACAACCUAAACUAUCGGUUGAUCAAAUUAGAGAAGUCAAUUCUUCAUUCAAAAGUCUUUUUGACUUUUACAUUUUUGUAUCUGUUUUGCCAAGACUUUGAAUCCAGUAGAAAUGAUGAAAAUUUACAAUAUUAGAUCCCAGAGUGCAUUUAGGUUGUUAGUGUUCCUACUGCACAGAGAAUUGAGUACUAAUCUGAGUGGCACAUGGUUUU